GGCAGUCUUCGGAGAAAAUUACUCGGGUCCCAGUCAACCCCGGUCCUGCUGAGCCGUCCGACUUGGCAAUUGGGUGUGAGCCCGUAAAACUUUGCCCGUGCACGUUCCUUCCGAGCGGGGAGGGCAUGGAAGUUUCUUUGCUAACUGGACUCAGAGUAUUGGGGGCGUCGCUCAUUUCCUACUACUCAAUCGAGUUAGGCAUGUUGGGCCUUGAGGGUUUCUGGGGGUCCCGUAUUUCUAAUCGACCCGACUUCUGUUAGCUGUUCAAGAGCCCUUGACGUCGAGCCUUUCACGCUCGCUGCGAUCAAAAGAACCUUUUCUCCAUGGCGUGGGUUGGAUUUGAUAGUCGUUAGGCGCGUUGCUUUUCUUAUUCACAUAACCCCAUAAUAAAACAAACCUGAUACACAUUGAUGCAACCGCGUUUGGUUCCAGAAGAGAAAGAAAGGACUUCAUUAUCGGAUACUCUGGGGACUUGUGGGGUCGAGGAAGUGGGGUCUGGGACAGGGAGGCCGGGGAUUGGAGAGAGGGAUAAUGGUACGGAGUACAAUAAUCCGCAGACAAACUUCCCGGCUAAACAGGCAUUAUAUAGAGGGCAUUGGGGUCGUCUGACUAUUUUUCUUCCACCCUGACCACACAUAAUCUUUUUAUCAUAUUGAUUCGACAGACUCGAAAUGGGCGAUAACUAUGAGGAAAAGCCUGACGCCAUUGGCAAAGAGUUCAGCGAUGAACUCACGCCCGAGGAGCGUGAGCACGAGAUCGAGGCACGCGAUCUGCAAAGCAAUCAGUAUCUCGACAACGAACCAUUGUAUGACCGGAUAGCGUUCGCGCAGAUACCAGUGCACAUGAAGAGCCCUCGCACGCUAGUUAUCACACUGGGCGUGUUCGCGGCGUUCAGCGGCAUGCUGAGUGGGUUAGACCAGUCGGUGAUCUCGGGCGCGCUGCCUGGUAUCCGCAAGCAUUUCAUCGCGUCAGGCGAGUGGGCAAGCAUGGACGACCCGAAACUGGCGACCGACAUUUCACUGAUUUCUUCACUGAUGCCGCUGGGCGCCAUGGCCGGCGCGCUCAUCAUGACGCCGCUGAACUUCUACUUCGGACGCCGCAACUCGAUUAUCAUCUCGUGUUUGUGGUACACACUGGGCAGUGGACUGUGUGCAGGCUCCCGUAGUGUGGGGAUGCUGUUUGCGGGCCGAUUCAUUCUGGGCAUCGGUAUCGGAAUCGAAGGCGGCUGUGUCGGUAUCUACAUCUCCGAGUGUGUGCCGCCAGAGGUGCGUGGCAACCUGGUGUCGGUAUACCAGCUGAUGAUCGCAUUCGGAGAGAUCAUCGGAUACGCCGCCGGCGGCGUAUUCUUUGACGUCCCGUCAGGCAGCUGGCGCUGGAUGCUGGGCUCGUCUCUCUUGUUUUCGACGAUCCUCCUGGUUGGGAUGGCCUUCCUGCCAGAAUCACCGCGCUGGCUGGCAUCCAAGGGCAAGUACGGGCGCGCGUGGCGGGUGUGGAAGUCGCUGCGCGACAUGGCCGACCCCAAAAGCCUAGACGAGUACCUUGCGAUGGAAGUUACAGUCAAACAUGAUGUCGACCAGUCCGCGAACGUGAAAUGGCAUCAGAGGUAUCUGGAGGUGUGCAGGACGCCGCGCAACCGACGGGCGCUUGUAUAUGCCACGGCUAUGAUAUUUUUCGGGCAGAUGACGGGCAUCAAUGCGGUGAUGUACAAUAUGUCAAACUUGAUGGCCAAGAUGAACUUUGAUGACCGCGAGUCAGUGCUGAUGUCGAUGGUGGGCGGUGGCGCGUUGUUCCUGGGAACAAUUCCUGCUGUGUUCACGAUGGACAAGUUUGGGCGCCGGGUGUGGGCGCAAAACAUCCUGAUGUUCAUCGUGGGUCUGGCGCUGGUGGGCGUCGGCUACCUAUACACGAACAAUGGUGUUGAUUAUUUCAAUGAGCAUAAGGCAACGGCCUUGGGGUUGUUUUUCUCCGGUCUGGUGCUGUACAUGGCGUUCUUCGGGGCAUAUUCGUGCCUGACCUGGGUAGUGCCAGCGGAGAGCUUUAGUUUCAACACCCGCAGCCAGGGCAUGGCGAUCUGCUCUGUAUUCCUUUAUCUGUGGUCAUUCAUUGUGACAUACAACUUCGAAGGGAUGCAGAAAGCGAUGACCUACACCGGCCUGACAAUCGGUUUCUUCGGCGGCUUGGCCGCGCUAGGCUUCUUUUACCAGCUGUUCUUUAUGCCCGAGACCAAAGACAAAACAUUGGAGGAGAUCGACGAGUUGUUUCUAAUGCCGACAAGUAAGCUGGUUGCGCUGAACACAAGCAAUCUGCUUAAGCCCCUCCGGCGGCGAUACCGGCCAGAGCAGGUCGACAACUACAACGCCUAAAUAGUUGUUCUUUUCACCUACCAGACCAACGUUCAUGGUACCAAUAACGAGCGACAAGGUUACUCAAGUUGAAUGUAAUGAAAUCAUGAGGACUAAUACAUUUCUGCCAAUGCAUAACACAUGUUGUGCCUAUCAAAGAGGAAGCAACAGCGUAGAGCGAGGAUCUGUAUAUCUGAUAAUCAUGUUUUCCACCUACUACCUUCCAUGCGAAGCCUAUCAUCUGAUCAUGAUUUGACUUCUGAUUCUCUUAUUUUAUAAACCUGAUAUAAGAAGUAUCAACGCUCACAGUCUGAAAAGCAAGUUCGGCC